AGAAGCAGCAGCAGCAGCAGAAGAAGAAGCCGCCGAGUAGAGUGCGUUAUUUCCGGUUCGUGUUGGCCUUGUCCUUGGGAAAUAUCGUCGCUGAAGGUUUCACCUUCUCUACCACAUUUUACAGAAAUGGUUUCCUACUGGCGGCAAGCUGGGAUCAGCUACAUUCGGUACUCUGCGAUCUGCGCCAGGGUCGUGCGGUCCGCGCUGAAACCUCAGCUCAGAACAGAAGCCAUCAAAAACGCAGAAGCUAAUGUGAAGGUCACUAAAGUAAAGACGACCUAAUGAGCAGACAGAGAAGCCUGUGGUUCCCGGUUUGAGAAUCGUCUGACAAAGUUGAUUUCAGUGUGGAAGAUGUGUAUUCUCUCUCUCUCUAAUAAAUUAUGAUUCAUUUUGUCAGUA